CAAUCUCUCUCUCGCACUCUCUCUAGCUCUUUCUCUCCCUGUCUCGUUGUCUCCUGCUACAGGCUAGCCUCUCUGCUCCCCCCUUCCUCCUCUCUCCAGCUGGAGGUUAUAGCUGUAACUAAAUGCAGUGCUUCAGUCAGACAUGCUGGCUCUAUUCUCCCCCCUGGUCUACCAGUAGGUGCUGGGGUUGCUGGGUGGGAAGGGACUAGAGAGAGAGAGGCUCUGCCAGCCUCAGUUCCGCAGGCCUCCCUGCCUGGGCAUGGGUGCCAUAAACCGGCAGUCCCACAGCCUGUGUGGGUGUUUACGUGUGUGGGGCUGAGCCAGCUACGGUGUGCUAAGGACCUGCCUCCUUCACAGGCGAUUACAGUGACAGGGGCUCGGAGAGAGAAUGGAGGUACCCCAAACCCAGAGGGGUACAUCCACAUCCCCCUCACAGCAUUUUCCACAUGUGGUGUCUCUCCCUCGCUGUGAUACUGUAGCUGGCUGUUCUCAUGAGCCGCCAUUUGCCUGCAUGAGAGCUGGUGGUGUUCCUUUCCCUCUCUGUCCUAUUCCUGGUGUCAUCAUGGCCUGUUGUGUUUGGAUACCCUGACAACCAGAAACUCUAAAGCAGCUCAGCACUUCCCGCCCUGUCUCUCUUCAAUUUUAAAAUCUCCUACAAUCUGCGCCAGGAGUUCUUUGUGGCCAGUGCAGUGGCAGUGGAACGUCUUGGAAGGAUCCCGUGCAGAGUCAGUGCUGUGUGUUGUAGGCUACGCUGGGAGUCAUUGUUCUGCACUGAGCGGAAUGUCACAUGGAGCAGCCAGGAUUCUCUUUUGUCGUCACUGUGGCGACGGCGGAUGACUGGCAGGCAGGCAGGCACCUUUGCAACCCCCAGUGACGUCAUGUUGAAGAAGGAGAAGAAGGAUGUGGAGCUGGAUAAGAAGAUUGAGGCGCUCCGCAAGAAGAAUGAAGCCCUCAUGAAGAGGUACCAGGAGGUAGAGGAAGACAAAAAGAGAGCAGAGGAGGAAGGAAUGGCACUGCAAAGCCCCAAGGGUAAAGCAGGGGACUUAACCAUCACCAUUAACAAGUCUACCAGCCAGGAGCCCCGUGUUGUGAUGACCAAACCAGGCAUGGGUGGUUCUCCCACCCCAAAGUGGGUCCAGGAGCCUGGGGUGAGAGAGGCGGAGGGGAACCUGCUGUGCUCUGGGCGGGGCAGGAGGAAGCAGCUACUGGUCACCAUGGCUGGCAACACAAAGGGUAAGAGGGUGGUGAGUGAGAGGCUGGAGAGAAGGCCAGGUCCACUGGAUGUGAAGAGCCCAACAGAGAACAACCAGCACCAGCACCGUGUGGGAUCAGCAGCAAGAGGAAAACACCAGCACACUCACACAGCAAAGAGGGACACAGGACCACAGGAUGAAGUGGGGCAGGGGAAGUGUUUGACAGAGGAGCGUCACUGGCUGUCAGAGUGUGAGCCUUACCACCAGGAGUCUGAGGGGCUAGGCCCAGCGGGCGACAUAGACCUCACCAUCCCCAUGUCUAAAGAGGAGCAGCAGGAGUACUUGUGCUGGAAGAUGGAGCGCGAGCAGAUCGACCGUGAACGCGUGGCGCGACACAAAAAUGCCAAGGGCCAGUGGAGACGGGCAUGGGACAUGGACAAAACAGAGAAUAUGUUUUCAGAUAAAUCUCCUAGGGAGAGAGAACGGGGGCCUACAGCCAGAGGAGGAAGAAAUGCAAGGAGAGGUCACCCCAAAUCAAAUGCUGAUUCACGGGGUCAGCAGCUGUGGGGCAAAGACAAUGGGGGUAGAAACGUUCCAGUGGUCAGCAGUAAAGCCAAGGGCAAGGACCGGCUGACUGGGAGGGCCACGAGAUGGGACGCCAACGAGGAUGGGGAGGAUUUGCAGGCCUCUAAGACUAGUUUGGAGGAAUUUUUAGAAGAGCUUGAUGCUUUGGCUGACCCUGACAUAGAUGACUCCACUGCAGAAACUCCAGAGGUCAAAGAUGGUGACCUCAAAAUGGAGUCUUCGCCGACCCUGGAAGUGGUGAAUACCAAGGAAGUGAGUGGAAGCGUCAGUCCUCAGGCCCCAGCCGACACCCCAGAGGUCGGGACACCCAGACAGGGGAAGGCUGAGGCCUCAUCCCCUCAAGCUACAGAGAAGAAGGUCCGCUUCUCAGAGGAGCUCAUCAAGGGGCCCGGGGCCUACGAGAAGCCCAGUACUGGAGCCCAGAACUCUGCCUGCUCAGAAACCAAGGGCAUCAGCAUGUUAAAAGUUGCCUCCCCCAGCAAAAACGGCCAUCAAUUGGAGGAGCAGAGGCAGUCCCCCGAGGACCACCAGGAGGAUGCUGGUAAUGUCCUGGACUGGGGGGAUCAGCCCGCUGCAGCUGACCAGGCACAGAGCUCAUCUGAUGGGCAGCGACAGGGUCAGGAGGGCCCUCCGUUUCUUGAUGCCUCCAAAACAGAAUGUGCUGAAAUCGGCCAUGACGGUGUGCUCAGCCUUAUUCUUCCCAUUUCACAUAGCGAUGUCAAAGACCCUGCCCCUCCACAGGAGAAUGCUGUCCAGCCUUUAGAGCACGCCAAGAGCAAUACAGAGGAGCUGAUUGACUCCAGUCUGUCUGUUCUCAGCCUGGAGUCAGGAGAGACUCACCCAACCCACACCACCAGUACCGAUAAGGCAAGAGAAAAUGGGAAGAUUGUUUGAAGGACUUUUGACGUUGCUAUAAAAUGGUCUACAACUGAACAACAACAUGCUUAAUUAAGUAGAGCAUUUACCAUGAGCCUUUUAGUUUAAUACCGCACUUGCUUCCAAUAGCUCUUUGAAGAUGUCCUGUUGAUCAGGUUAAGACUAACAUGCGCAAUGUUGUUUCUUUUGAAAGGAUGCUAGACGCUUAAGGUGGGAAAAGGAAACGAUACAUGUUCAACUGAAGUAAGAGCCUUUUGUCUGCUUGAAAAUACUUUGCUUACAAGCACUUUAUUCUUUAUGAGGUAUGAGUAUUGACAUGUCAUACAUGACUUAAAGCUGGAAUCCUUAAUGGUGAAACAUCCACGUCCGUUUGCGAUAUUACAACAACAAAGAAGUUACUGCAAACAACGAACACAGUUUUUCCCUCUCGGACAUCAUUACAUGCGUGAUAGAAGAGCACAAUAUGUAUUGCAAUUUUUUUUACCAUGCUGCACGGCGCCCCUCAGCUCGGCAACAAUAACAACGGUGGUGGGGCGGCCAGUGGUGCUGUUUCCCCCUACUGCGUAUUCCAUCUUUAAGUGUGUUAUUUGAAUGGCUGUCUUUGUUUACAUUUGAAGUAUUAUUUCAAGGUACCAGUCCUAAUGCUUGUAUUAGUUCAGUUCCUAUGGAUGACUAACCUACAUAACCUGAACAGGCCCUGCAUUUAAACUUUGCCCGCCUUAGCAGUAGGCCCAAUUUGAAUAAUGAACUAUAAUUAGCAUUAUAUGCUAAUAGUUGUACACUGCUGUAUUUAUGUAACUUUUCUAAGUAGAAAGCUCUGACCAUUGCACUUAACUACUGAUGUGAUAGCUCAUUCAUUCAAACAGUAGUUUAUAGCUUGGUUUGGUGAAACCAGUUACAUUAAGUAAAAGUCAAUUCAAGUGCAUUAUUUUAGUGUGGGAUUACUUUGUAAUAUAAAGUACAAUAGUUAUGAUUUUCAAAUGCAAAAAAAGUUAAAAUAUAGUUAAAAUACUAGAAGGUUCCCUCAUCAAGGAUCAUUGUUCAUUGUUUCAUAUUUAUUCAAAUGUUUUAGGGGAACCCUUUCACUUUUAGUUUUGAAAUGUUGUGGGAUUAACUAACUGUCAGUAUUGAUUUUAUUUAUUUAUUCUCUCAUUUGAACUACUGAUUGUCAAAUAUAAUUUUCUGGAGAAUAAACCCUUACUUGUUGA